AUCGAUGACUCAGAUGACUGUUCAUUGUUGAUGCUUGCCGGAGCAAAAUAGUGCCCGUCAUCUUACAAAUUUGCUAUAUUUUGUUGAAUUUUGCAGAAGUAAAGAAUGGCGAUGACCGAGGGUGCAAACCGCUACCUGCCUGACUACUCUAGCCACCCUGUGCAGCACCACUUCAGCCCUUAUUCUGACAAUGGAGGGAGCAUCGUUUCAAUUGCUGGAGAUGACUUUGUGGUCAUUGGAUCGGACACUCGUCUCAGCUCUGGGUUUUCAAUCCACACCAGAGAGCAAUCAAAGUUGUUCCAGGUAUCCAACUCCUCUGUCCUCGGUUCGACUGGCUGCUGGUGCGACACUCUCACUCUCACAAGGCUGGUUGAAGCUAGAAUGAAGAUGUACGAGCACAGCCACAACAAGGUCAUGUCCACGCCUGCCAUCGCGCAGAUGCUCUCCACGAUGAUGUACUACAAGCGUUUCUUCCCUUACUACGUUUCCAACGUGCUGGCUGGCUUGGACACGGAGGGAAAGGGCUGUGUUUUCAGCUACGACCCCAUCGGUCACUUCGCCCGUUCUGACUACAGAGCUGGAGGCUCUGCUGGAGCUCUCCUGCAGCCACUCUUGGACAAUCAGAUCGGUCUGAAGAAUCAGGAGGGCGUAACUGCUGCACCGAUUCCCCUGGAAAGGGCUUUGGCCAUCCUGAAGGAUGUGUUCAUCUCUGCUGCUGAAAGAGACAUUUACACUGGAGAUGGAAUCGAAAUUAAGAUUAUCACUAAGGAUGGCAUUCGCACCGAAUCAUUCGGGCUCAGGAAGGAUUAAGCUAUUUAAGUUCGUUUUUCUAUUAAUUAAUUCAGAUAAACACAAUAAACUUUGCUUGUAAAACAUCUUAAAAUCA